CGUCGGAGAGGGGUUGCCGAGAUGCUUCGCAAGCCGGCAAGCGACUCGUUCGCCGAAUUCGCUCGCAUUCACGCUUCAAACAUGGCAGUGGCUACAAGCGUUGUCGUGCUCGACAGAGGCAACAAUACCACCUGCACUAUCAAUUUGCACGGAGCCACGGUGGUGUCUUGGAGAGUGAACAACCAAGAACAGCUGUUCGUUAGUAAACAAGCGGUUUUCGACGGUAAAAAAGCCAUUAGAGGUGGAAUUCCGUUUGUCUUCCCACAGUUCGGACCAUGGACUUUUGGUCCCGGUCACGGGUUCGCUCGUAUAGUACGUUGGAACGUCGAAAAGUCACCGGAAAGAUUACCUAGCGGUGACGUCGAGGCAAUAUUCUCGAUAAUGGACAGCGAGUUCACCCGCUCGAUGUGGAAUUACCCGUUCAGAUUAACUUAUCGAUUAAUAUUGCGUGAAAAAGAAUUACACUUUAACAUAGGGGUUUACAAUCCGAGCAAGGAUCACACUUUCAGCUUCAAUCUCUUGUUGCACACCUAUUUCAAAGUACCCGAUGUUCGGAGAUGUCAAAUAACAGGACUUCAUGGUUGUACUUUUAUCGAUAAGACACGAGAUAAUCAAAUAUUCCAAGAGGGUUUGGACGUAGUGACGGUGAGAGAAUGGACCGAUCGAAUUUAUCAGAACACGCAACCCGAGCACAUAAUAACGAACGUGGUAUCGGGUCGUAAGAUGCGCGUACAGAAGUACAAUUUUCCGGACACGGUGGUGUGGAAUCCGUGGCAAGAAAAAGCACGGGAUAUACCUGAUUUUGGUGACGACGAAUUUCCAAAUAUGAUUUGCGUCGAGAGCGGACACGUCAGUAGCCCGGUUAUACUUUUGCCGGGUACGGCUUUCGAAGCUAGUCAAAUACUUCAGGUAAUGUGAGCGGAGGGUGGCGGAGGUGCUUCUUCGAACUCGAACAACCCGAAUCGUCAAGCAACGAAUAGCAACAACAACAGCAACAGCAAUAACAACAACAACGACAACAGCAGCAGCAGCGGCAACACAAAUGCCAAUUCAACAAUCGCAACUUUGUCUUCGUCAUCGAACGAGAUUGGUGGAUCGUCAAGCGGAAUUUAUCCAACCAGACCGGGAUGGCUUUACGUACCACCAACCGAACAGCAGAUACCCCCCUCCUCUUCUCCUUCUCAUCCACCCCGCCACCACUGGCAUCAUCAUCAUCAUCAUCAUCAUCAUCAUCGUCAUCGUCAUCAUUACGCUCAUUGCAUCCCUCAAACUUGCACCAUUUGCUCGCUCAAUCUUUAGUUUAUUAUAUUUUCAUUGUUUUCCUUUCCCCUUUCAAUUUUUAUAACACAUUUUCUAUUUUACACGACAAACUCUCUUUUUCUCCUCCAACUACGAUAAUAACUCGUUCACGAUACAUUCCAUUGAUGCAAAGAAAUGAUGUAUCAUAACAAUGGUGCUCUAUCACUCGCUCGAAUAUUCACGAGCCACUGACCAAACAUUUUUAUUAUUUUCACUACAAAUCAUUUCUCAAGUCCAUCGAUCGACUCCAAUAUCUCGCACAAUUAUAAAUCUUAUUCAUUUUUAUAAUAAUAUAUUAUAAUUAUUUCAGUCGUUUCACGAUUCAUUUGUUAUAACAAAAAAUUGAACGAACUUUGGAAAUAUCACAAAUCGAGUUUUUUUUUUUUUUUUUUUUUUUCAAUAAUAUUCAUCGAGGCUCGUGGUGAAACAUAUUUUUUUUCUCUUCUACGAUUGAAUCGAGGGGAGUAUACGAUAUUAUCAUUAUAAUGUAUACGAUGUUUGAAAAACUUGAACUCAAGCCAUUAUUUGGACAACGUUGUAUACGAGAUAGAAAUUGAUUGUAGUUGGACAUGACGAGUGCUUUGGGGAAUUGAAAAAGAUUUUGAGUGAAUCGUCGCGAGUGAAGAUGUUUCACUUUGUUUCUAGCUCAUGUCUAUAAAUCGAGAAAUAUUCUUCAACUUGCAACAAGAGAAUAAAUAAAAAAUCAAGCACAGCGACAAACGUUUUGGCCCUGAGAGGCUAAAUCAUUAGGCUUAAUUUUAAACGCAAUUAAUAUUAAUGAAUACGUUGAAUGUUUUUCUUCGCACACGUCCAAAUCAGCGAGACUCGAUAUAAUUUUUAUUAGUGCGCUCAGCGGAAUGUUUUUUAUGCUCUCGUAACAUCGCGUACUGUAUGUCACGUUCGAUUUAUUACAGGUGUAACAAUUCCGAGCCCUCUUUUGGGAAAGUGCAAUAAAAAAAAAUAAAAUAAAAUGAAAUGAGAAAAGAAAA